UUUCAUUGUUUUACGUCAAGUCAAGUGACAAAUAGCGACAACAAGAAUUUGUAUUUAUUUUCUUGAAAGCUACGGAAAACUAAACUUAAGCAAUAAAUAAGUACUUUUUUGAACAAUGUCUGUGCCACCGCAAGCGUUUGUUAAUAAAAACAAGAAGCAUUUUCUCGGAAUCCCAGCACCUUUAGGUUAUGUUGCUGGUGUUGGCAGAGGAGCGACUGGUUUCACUACUCGAUCUGAUAUCGGUCCCGCCCGAGAUGCCAACGAUGUAUCCGACGACCGACAUGCACCACCUGCUGCGAAACGCAAGAAGAACGAGGAAGAAGAUGAUGAUGAAGACUUGAAUGAUUCUAACUAUGAUGAAUUCUCAGGGUACAGUGGAUCACUGUUCUCAAAGGAUCCAUACGACAAAGAUGAUGCAGAGGCUGAUGCCAUUUAUGAGUCCAUUGACAAGAGAAUGGAUGAGAAGCGAAAAGAGUACAGAGAAAAACGACUCAAAGAAGACUUGGAAAGAUAUCGUCAAGAAAGACCGAAAAUACAACAGCAGUUUUCUGACCUAAAGCGAGAAUUGAAAACAGUGUCGGAGGAUGAAUGGUCUGCAAUUCCUGAAGUGGGUGAUGCGCGCAACAGAAAACAACGUAACCCUCGCGCUGAGAAGUUUACCCCAUUGCCGGACAGUGUGCUGUCCAGGAAUUUGGGAGGCGAGUCCUCCUCAUCCAUUGACCCUAAUUCCGGCUUGGCUUCUAUGAUGCCUGGUGUUAUGACUCCAGGGAUGUUGACUCCAUCUGGUGACCUGGACUUACGAAAGAUCGGUCAAGCGAGAAACACCCUUAUGACAGUGAAACUAUCCCAGGUUUCUGACUCGGUCACCGGUCAAACUGUAGUUGAUCCCAAAGGUUACCUCACAGAUCUCCAGUCGAUGAUACCCACGUAUGGAGGGGACAUUAAUGAUAUAAAGAAGGCUAGGUUGCUGCUAAAGUCUGUGCGUGAGACAAAUCCGAACCAUCCACCUGCUUGGAUUGCUAGUGCUCGAUUAGAAGAAGUUACUGGCAAAGUACAGUCAGCCCGUAACCUGAUUAUGAAGGGCUGCGAAGUGAACCCGAGCAGUGAAGAGCUUUGGUUGGAAGCGGCCAGGUUACAGCCCAGCGACACAGCUCGCGCUGUCAUAGCACAUGCGGCCAGAAAUCUGCCGCAUAGUGUGAGGAUUUGGGUGAAGGCUGCAGAUUUGGAGCAGGAACCUAAAGCUAAACGGCGAGUCUACCGCAAGGCUCUUGAACAUAUCCCCAACUCAGUCCGUCUCUGGAAGGCAGCAGUCGAACUCGAGAACCCUGAAGACGCCCGCAUCCUCCUCUCUCGCGCCGUGGAAUGCUGCCCUACCAGUGUGGAGUUGUGGCUGGCUUUAGCAAGGCUCGAGACGUAUGAAAACGCGAGGAAAGUCUUGAAUAAGGCCAGAGAGAAUAUUCCGACGGAUAGGCAGAUUUGGGUGACGGCUGCUAAGCUUGAAGAGGCCCAUGGCAACACACAUAUGGUGGAAAAGAUUGUAGAUCGAGCGAUCACAUCGCUAAGCUCCAACGGAGUUGAGAUCAACCGCGAGCACUGGUUCAAAGAGGCUAUGGAGGCGGAGAAAUCGGGCGCGGUUCAUACUUGCCAGGCUAUCAUCAGAUCUGUUAUUGGACAAGGCAUUGAACAAGAAGAUCAAAAACACACUUGGAUGGAAGAUGCGGAAGCAUGCGCAAACGAAGGCGCAUACGAAUGCGCCCGCGCAGUCUACGGCUACGCGCUCUCCGUGUUCCCUUCAAAGAAGUCUAUCUGGUUACGCGCCGCGUACUUAGAGAAACAACAUGGAACGCGCGCCAGUUUGGAAGCGUUGCUGCAAAGGGCUGUGGCGCAUUGUCCUAAGUCAGAGGUGCUAUGGCUUAUGGGGGCCAAAUCUAAAUGGCUGGCCGGUGAUGUCCCAGCGGCUCGUGGUAUCCUUUCCCUGGCUUUUCAGGCCAAUCCCAAUUCGGAGGAAAUUUGGCUCGCUGCUGUGAAACUCGAGAGCGAGAACAAAGAAUACGACAGAGCGAGACGGCUGCUGGCUAAAGCUCGAGCAUCGGCACCGACACCUAGGGUAAUGAUAAAGUCCGCCAAGCUGGAAUGGGCGCUCAACAACCUAGAAGUCGCCUUGAAACUGCUAGAGGAAGCCAUCAAAGUGUUCGGCGACUACGCGAAGCUGCAUAUGAUGAAAGGGCAGAUAGAAGAACAGAUGGGCAAGGAUGACGACGCGCAUAACACUUAUACGCAGGGGUUGAAAAAAUGCGCUACCAGCGUUCCCAUGUGGAUAUUACUGUCGCGGCUGGAGGAGAAGUUAAAACACAUCACCAAAGCCAGGUCGGUUCUGGAGAAGGCUAGACUUAGGAAUCCAAAGAAUGCUGACCUGUGGUUAGAAAGCGUGCGUCUAGAAAGGCGGAACGGUAGUGCAGAGAUAGCGAACGCCGUAAUGGCGAAAGCCCUGCAAGAGUGCCCGACCGCGGGCCGUCUGUGGGCAGACGCCAUCUUUAUGGAAUCGCGCCCACAGAGGAAAACCAAGAGCGUGGACGCCCUUAAAAAAUGCGAGCACGAUGCCCACGUAUUGCUGGCCGUAUCACAACUCUUCUGGACUGAGAGGAAGUUGAACAAGUGCAGGGAAUGGUUCAACCGCACGGUAAAGAUCGACGCCGACUUCGGCGACGCCUGGGCAUUCUUCUACAAGUUCGAAUUACUCCACGGCAACGAGCAACAGCAGGAGGAAGUCAAAACUCGGUGCAAGACCGCCGAACCGCGCCACGGCGAGUACUGGUGCAAGUACGCGAAAGACAUACAGAACUGGUGCUUUAGCACUGAACAGAUUCUAUUGCUAGUGGCUAAGAAUUUGCCCGUUCCUACGUGAAGUGUGUGUUUGAUUGUCUAUUUGGUAAGUGCUCGUGAA